CCAUUUGUCAGUGUGCAGCUAAUCGUGUACUGUAAACAUUUAGCACGCAAACAUGUCAGAAGCCAAAAGAUCAAAAACGUAUAACUUUCACUCAGAGUGGGAAGAGGAUUGUUUUUUUUUUGUUUACUCAAAUUCGUGGCUUUACCGAAGAAGGGCAAUUUGGAGCGACAUUUCAAAACGGUGCACAAAAGCUACGAGACAGUUCUCUGCUAAAACAGCCAUACGCAGCCGACAAGUGUGAGAACUGAAAAGUUAGUUAGCAGCACAGCAGUCAAUUUUUACCAAGCCGAACACCAAAAGUAAGGCUGCAACUAUAGCUUUCCAGUGCCAGCGGUCUCAGUAAGUGCUGUCCUUUACCCUGUAGGGGGAGCUCCUGGCCAUGUGGUCUUUGGGACUGGGAGCAAUUGGUGCAGCCAUUGCAGGCAUUUUCCUCGCCAACACUGAUUUGUUACUGGAUAAGCCAGAGCCGGCCAGUGUGGAGUACCUGGGGGAGACUGAUCUGAAAACAAUAGCAGAUGAUGAGAAGACGUUUAAGGCUGGGUCUCUGUGGGAGAGAUCCGGGGCCGUUGUCAUGGCUGUGAGGCGUCCUGGAUGAUUCUUGUGCAGAGAGGAGGCCGCAGAGCUCUCCUCCCUCAAACCCCAGCUGGACCAGCUCGGUGUUCCCCUCUAUGCUGUCGUGAAGGAGAACAUCGAGUCGGAGGUCCACGACUUCAAGCCGUUUUUCUCUGGCGACGUCUUUCUGGAUGAGAAGCAACAUUUCUACGGACCCGCGCAGAGGAAAAUGGGCGGCUUGGGGAUCGUCCGUCUGGGGGUGUGGGCCAACUUCCUGCGGGCAUGGAGGAACGGGCAUUCGGGAAAUGUGAAGGGCGAGGGUUUCAUCCUGGGCGGCAUGUUUGUCAUCGGAGCAGGAGAGCAGGGCAUCCUGCUGGAGCACCGCGAGAAGGAGUUUGGGGAUAAAGUCAACAUAUCUUCUGUUCUGGAAGCAGCCAGGAAAAUUCAGCCAGUGAAAUAUUAGUGUAUUUUUAAUAGACUGUUAUUCAUGUCUUCUCAUGGGUCUCCACUGGGGGGCGCCAUUUGGCAUGGAGGUGACUGCUUCCGCCCACUAGUUUACAGAAAGUAGAUUCAAAUUUAGAGAAGCAUCCUGAACCUGUAUCACUCGCUGCUCUGUGUAAACCAUGGGCUGUGCCCGGGCGUCCGCAGCCAGCUCUGUGUGCGUGCAUAUGACAGCCUGCGCCUAACUCUGCAGAGGGAGCUGGCUAGAUACUUCACACACACACACACACGCAGCCACGGCUGAGGGCGCCCCUGCACAGACAGGUCCGGCUGCAGCAAAGGCUCUCAAUAAAAGGCAUUUGGACCUAC